AUGGCCGUCGAUGCGGGCGUGACAGUGGAGGCUGGCGACCUCAAUGCGCCACAUAACUUCGUGCGAUUUCACCUGGGGAAGUGGAUCCCCUAUGCGCAGAGGAUCGUGUACUUGGAUACCGAUGUCAUUGUCAAAGGUGAUGUCUGCGAGUUGCACGAUUCAGUCUUUCACCAAAGCCAUAUCGUCUCCGGCAAGGUUUUGGCGGCAGUUCCCCGGCGUCACUUGCCUCUCUCCUUCUACCUGAAGGUCUUCAGCCCGCGGAUGCCUGUAUGGCUGCCAUCAUCGGCUCCCAGCUUCAACGCAGGUGUCAUGGUCAUCGACAUGCGUGCCUGG